AUGGCCGACUCUGACCCCAAAUCCUACGACGAUGACCCCACCACGCUCUACCUCUAUACCUCCCUGACUGCGGGCUCCUCACACAUAGUCACAGCAACGUCGCGAGUGGAAACGAUCCUGAAUGCCAACAAGAUCCCAUUUCGGGGUAUCGACGUUGCAACAGAUGAGCCAGCCCGCAACCUCUGGGGCAGACGUUCAAAAGGGAAGAAACUCCCUGCGUUGGUCAGGGAUGGGAUGGUAAUCGCUGAUUUAGAUCAGAUUGAAGAGUGGAAUGAAUAUGGGGAGAUCAAGAUGCAGCUUGGGAGCGUGCCCUCAAAAUCAACAACUUCUCAUCUUACAGCCCCAAUGACAACAAACACAAGCAUGGCAAUUUCGCCACGCACUGAACCACAGGGCCCUAUUUUAACGGAAUCGUCCGCAAACAAGGACGAUCAGAUAAACCUUACGUUAAGGCAGGCUGGAGAAGAGACCGCCUCUAAAGAGAUAGAGAAUACGCGAGUGAAUCUAAGCGCAACACCUUUGACCGGCAACAAAGCCGAGGAGACCACCGCCCAAAACGUCCCAAAUGCACCAGAUGAGAAUACAGGAAAUGCGGAAUCGGAAACAAAAGGGGACUGGCAACCUAUAGACUUGCCCAAAAUUGCGCCGGAACGAAUAAGAGAGAUCCGCCAAAGCAUAUUGGCACUUAGGCCAUCCCUCUCCGGCGGGCCCGCUGAGUUAUCGGUUGACGUGAAGGUGGACGGUCCUGAGGCACAGUUAAUGCCAAGGCAUCAUCGUGGGUCUGUGGUGUCUGCCACCUCGCCGAGGGGGCCAAACCAACUCGUCAAGGACCUCAAUGCAUUCGAUGAUGAUUGUGCCAUUUUGGACGAGGAAGAUGUAGAAGAACCAGAGACAAAAACCGGAGGAUGA